AUGCCUGAAAGUGGAUUAUGUUUUGAAUUUGAAGACGGAUAUCCAGGAUUACCGUAUAAAUCUAUACGAUUAGAUGGCAAUGAGGAAUCGUAUGUAGACAUAUCUUUAGAUGGUACAAUCAUCUUUCAAGAUAUAGCCAUAUCCUUCUAUCUGUAUCCAGAAGGAUCUAAAGAUGGUACAUUGGUCCAUUAUUUGUAUGAUACUGGUAACAUAAUUAGACUGUCUAUCAUGGAGAGUAUAUUAUUUGUAUCAUUCUGGGAUGAAUAUGGAGUAUCAGUUGGUGCAACUGCUUUACCUCAAGUUCUGGUUAUCAACCAAUGGAAUCAACUGGUAGUCUCUAGAGAGUUUGCUACAGGGACUAUAGCCGUCUACCAUAAUGGGAAGCUUAUGGAAGAACUAGACGAUGAUUUCCCUAAUAACAUUCAACUACCAGUUUCUGGUCAAUUACGUAUUGGACGAUCACAUGAUAAAACAACUGAUGGUUUUCGAGGAAAGUUAACGUGUUUUCAGUUAUUUGACACCCUACCCACUGCAAGUGAUAUCAGUAAUAUUGGUGAAUACUGUCAACCCAAUACUUGGACGAUACAACCUAAUUCCAUUGGUCAUAAAAUGACAUGGUUAUUAACGAACCAUCAUAACACAUUUUCUGUGAUGUACGAGGAGAAGAUUGUGAAAGGUUCUGUCAAACAAUGUCUGACCAAUGAAACAAAGAUUAAGCUACCAUCGUGUGAAGAAUUAAUAGAGAUGCGUUGUUUGACAAAUGGUUAUCAUUGGGAUCUUAUCAUGAUGUAUUUCAACUGGACACAGAGCGACCAGGAUGCAGCUUAUUUCAGCAAAGUAUCUGAUGGCUACAUUCCACCGAAUUCACAAGGCCAUCUCCUUGGUAAUGUUGUUACGGCGAAUCGAAAAGUCUGCACCAGAUUAUGUAUGCGUGUUGAUGGUUGUCAAUCAUAUGCUUACAACAAGGUAGACAAGUACAAAACUAAAUGUCUUCUGUAUGAUAGCGUAUUAAAUGCUACUCGUGAAGAUACUGGGUCAAAAUAUUUCUCUGUUUAA